UCGGCUCCUGAUGCAGCGGUAUCUUUCUCCAAUACUGAGGGUUGAUUUUCUUUACAAGUUUUCUAGCGUGAAGAAAAGAACUGAGCAAGCAGCAAAAAUUGUUGAAGAUUACACUAGCAAGGUAAUAGAAGAAAGGAGAAAUUACCUAAAAACUUUGAAGGAAGCAGAGUCUUUUGGUGACGUAGAAGAAAAUAAUAAUGUGGGAUUAAGACGGAAAAACAUGGCUUUCAUUGACACUCUUCUAAAGGCCCAAGAAGAGAACAGAUGUCUCAUGACCGACAAAGACAUCAGGGAUCAAGUCAGCACUUUUAAGGCCGCGGGAAAUGACACCGUGACGGCCGCCAGUUGCUGGACCCUUCUUAUCAAAGGCACAUACCCCGAGAUCCAAAAAAAGGUUGUGGACGAGUUGCAUCAGGUUUUCGGCAGCUCAAAACGCGCACCUACAAUGAAUGACUUAGCCGAGCUAAAAUAUCUUGAGCGGUGCAUCAAAGAAACCCUGAGACUCUAUUCAACGUUUCCAUUCUUCAAGCGACAGAUCCGAGAGUAUAUUCACUUUCACGAUGGACUAGUCGCUCCAGCUGGAGUCACAGCAUCCAUCAACCUAUUUAUGCUUCACAGAGAUCCAGAGCACUUUCCCGACCCCGAGAGGUUCGAUCCCGACCGAUUUUUGCCGGAGAACUGUGCUCGACGACACCCACAUUCCUAUUUACCAUUUAGCGCUGGGCCCAGAAAUUGCAUAGGUCAAAAAUUUGCUCUGCUCGAGGGAAAUGCGGUUGUGUCUACAGUUUUGCGCCAUUUAGAGGUGGAGGCUGCGCAGUCAAUUGAUGAAGUAAAAAUUGAGCAUCAGGUUGCUUUGGUUAUGAAGCCGCAGAACGGGCUCAAGGUGCGACUUCGAGACCGCGGAGCAGAUGAUUUAAAAUUACGAUUGAACUAA